UCUCUUUCCCAAUAAUCGAAGGAGAAAGACGGCAAUCAUCUCCUUAAACCCUUCAAUUCAAUUUCGAUUCCCUCUUUUUGAAGAAAAUAUUGAGGUGGAGAAAGAGAGGAAGAUGGCAGCUAACAGGUUUGCAACCAUGCUCCACCGAAACACCCACAGGAUGGCGUUCCUUCUAAUAUACACAGUAUUAGAAUGGAUCUUAAUAGCUCUUCUCCUCCUCAGCGCUCUUUUUUCCUUUCUUAUCGCCAAGUUUGCCUCUUUCUUUGGCCUGAAGCCCCCUUGCAUCUUUUGCACAAGAGUGGAUCAUCUAUUCCAGCCCGGCAAGGGCCAGCGCUUCUGUAAGGAUAUUAUCUGCGAUUCGCAUGCUGUAGAAAUCUCCAAGCUUGGAUUUUGCUCCAAACACCAGCGGCUCUCCGACGCCGGCGACAUGUGCGAAGAUUGCGCCACCUCUGGAUUUGGUGAAACCGAUCGGAAAGUUGCUUUGCUGUCGUGGAUGAAGCAGCGAAGCGCGCUGGAGGAGAAAGAUCUGGUUUGCUCUUGCUGCGGCGUGAUCCACGAGAGCCGUUCCUAUUCUUCCUAUACAAUUUUACAUACGGAACCUUCUGACGUUUUAGAGUGUGCCCAGAAGGAUAGAUCUGUCAAAGAGGAGACGGAGGGUGAAAAAGAUGGCGCUGUUGGUCCAGAGAAGGCUGACCUCGGGAGAGAGAUUCCUUCGGCUCAUGCUGAGGAGAUCGAAGAUCAGAAAGAAGAAGCACAUGAAAAAGAGCAUGAUUUCAAAAGUGAGACUUUGCUUCCAUCUCCUUGUUAUGUGGUGGAGGAUGCGUUGGCAACGAUCCUCGCCUUUCAUCCAAAGAAGACGGUUGAUGAUGAGCGGAUUCUUCCCAUUGAAUUAAUCGAUUCUUCCACCAUGGUGAGAUGCGGUGUUAGAGGGCAUCAUGUUGAUGAUAAAAUGCUUCUUAGAGAUGCGGCAGAGCGGGAAACUGCUAAAAUUGAUAUUGCGGAAAUUGCAGAGCAGCAAAGUUCUACAGUUACAAUUGACGACGCUGAAGAUGUUUCAUUUGGUGGUGGCAAAAUGACGCAUCAAGAAACUAUUCAUGUUGAGUUGGUGCCGGUGAUAAACGCUGAAGAAUUUGAAGAUCUGCAUGUAUCUGAAGAAGAAUCCAAAGUGAAUGAGGAGGUUAACUGCGAGAUAUCAAUAGGGAGUGACAUAUGUGACCAAGAACAAAUUGAGCAUGCACAAAUCCAUGAAUCCAUACCUGAACCAGAAUUCCAACAAGAUCAAAAUUUGGAGAGCUUCAAUGAAACAACUGAUAGAGAGAUAGUAACUGAACCUGAACCGUUGAAGCGAAGUGCUCGACAAGUGAAGCACCUUGCUAUUCCUCCAGUUCUUAAUGAAAUUGUAGAGGAGGGAAUGCCUGAAACUCCAACAACACCAUACUCUAUUGAAGGCUUUCCUGUUUUGCCCAAGAGGUUUCUGUUGGAAAGGAGAGAAUCUGGGACUGAAUCUUUAGAUGGAAGUAUUGCUAGUGACUUAGACAGCAUGGAGCCAUGGACUUUGGAACGUUUGAAGGCAGCUCUGAAGGCUGAGCGUAAGUCUUUAACCGCAUUAUAUGCUGAACUUGAAGAAGAACGAAGUGCCUCAGCUAUAGCUGCCAACCAAACCAUGGCAAUGAUAACCAGGCUUCAAGAAGAGAAGGCUGCAAUGCAGAUGGAAGCACUGCACUACCAGAGGAUGAUGGAGGAACAGACAGAGUACGAUCAAGAGGCGCUGCAGGUCCUCAACGAGCUCAUUUUGAAGAGGGAGAAAGAGAAACAGGAGUUGGAGGAGGAGCUUGAGCUUUAUCAUGAGAAGGUUCUUAUGUACGAGGCUAGUGAGAGAAAUAAGAACACUGGGAACGAGAGCGUGAUUGCAUCGGGCUUGUCAAUUUCGGAAGAUAGUGAUGAUCUUUCCUUUGAAUUCCAUGAAGGUGAGGAGAGUAACUGCAGCCACAAUGAGAACAAACAAAACACGCCCUCUGCUGAAAUUUUAAGCUUUGUGGAAAGUUCAGAUACAAUGGAUGUAUGUUUAACUGAAUUUGAGGAGAAUAGAAUUUCCAUACUCAAGAAACUCAAAGCAUUGGUGGAGAAGCUUUUCAAAAUGGAUGAUAAAGAUGAGACUGAUGAUUCAGAAAGUAGAAAACAGUGUUGGGUUGAGAAUGGCCAUAAAGUCAAUGGAGAACGCGAACUUCUAGGUGAUGAUAUAAACUAUGGAUCUGUUAAUUGUUCUUCACAUGAUCUGCAAAUUAAUGGAAAGCUUCGCUGUGAACAAAGGAGCGCUGGUAUUCAAGGGAAAAAUCUCCUGCCCCUUUUUGAUGCCAUUAGAUUGGAAAGUGAAGAAAAACUUAGCACAAAAGAUGACUCCAUUGAUGGCAGCUCACCCGACUCGAUUUCAAAGUUUUCAGUGGGUCUGAAGAAGGUGGCUAUUGCUGAGGAGCUAGAUGAGGUUUAUAAGAGAUUGCAAGCUCUUGAAGCAGACCGUGAUUUCAUCAAGCAUUGCAUUUCUUCCAUGAAGAAAGGAAAGAAGGGGGUGAAUCUUCUUCAAGAGAUCCUUCAAAACCUUGAUGAUCUCAGGAGAGUUCAGCUCCAUUCCAGGAGUUCCGACUUCUAAUUUGAACCAGCAGGAUCUUACACUCUCGAUGCCGAGUAUUUGGAUCUUAUUGCUUUGCCAGAUGGCGUAAAUACUUUUUUAAGAAUUGUAAAAGUGACCUUAUAAAUUUGAUAGCCAUGUUAAUGCCGAAGCGAACCUAGAGUCGGGGAUGAAGAAGGAAGUCAUGGCAACAUCUCCAUGCUCUUUUGCUAAGCUUUGUUCAAAGUUGAAGCAGACCACUCAUGCGAUAAAUCUGCUUUUAAUUUCCCUGAA